GGCUAGUAGCAGAGGCAAUUCUGUCACCAGCGACACCCACCAACUUUCGUUACGCAGCUUAUUAGAAAGUGCUUCUGCUGCAGUCUCUCAGACUUCUCACACAUUGAUCAACUCUAUCGACGAAGAGCCUGUUUCUUUACCUUAUACUCUUUCUUCUCCAUCACAUAUUACUUCUCCCUCAAAUUCAAAUUCCUCAUUUCUUGCGGACGAGUCACGGACUCAAACUAGUGGCUAUCACCCCCGUGACGAAGUCGAUAACGAUUAUUCGCGACCCAGUGAUUCUGAUUCUGAUUUACGCUUUCCAAAGCGUCCUCGUCUUAUAAAACACUCCACUAGGAAAAAAACAAUGAGGCUUCCAAAGAAAGAAAACGGGGUUGGAAGUAGUACUAACGGUGUUUCAACUGCUAGUAAUGGUAGUUCACAAAUUGUUACUAAUGGUCAAGUUUCGGCUCUUACAAGUUUGCAAAAUCCUAGACGAGAGGAACUUGUUCGGCUCAUGGUGCAAGCAAUGCAAGAUAUGGGCUAUAGGUAA